CGUCAGGCCCAGCCGCCCCUGCAGCCCUGAAUGGAGCGAGCAGUCUGUCUGAUCCACUCCAAAACAGCACGGCACGGAACGACACGACACGACACGACACGGACCUUACACCGGGAAAAGAGACGCCACAGGAGUAGAGGUUUGAGGGCUCGUUCUGCCGAGCGGAGGGGAAGCCUCAGCAGCAGCAGCAGCAGCAGCAGCCUCCACCAGCACCACCGUCGUCAUCAUCACCAUCAUCAUCAUCACCUCCAGACUUUUUUCCUCCAGAGGAGACGGGACUGGGAGUGCGCCCACCGUGUUGCGGGUGUAUGUACGUGCGUUUGGCUCACGAUGAUGCAAAGUGCGGCGGUCCUACCGACAGAGAGUCCUGUGAAGAGUUUACCGGAGAUUCUCGGAGUUCCACUGCAACAGAUCCCUCAGUGUGCCGGCUGUAGUCAGCACAUCCUGGACAAGUUCAUCCUGAAGGUGCUGGACAGACACUGGCACUCCAAGUGCCUCAAGUGCGCCGACUGUCAGACUCCGCUGGCGGACAAAUGUUUCUCCCGAGCAGGAGGCGUUUACUGCAAAGAGGAUUUUUUCAAGCGUUUUGGAACAAAAUGUGCAUCGUGCCAACAGGGGAUCCCACCGACGCAGGUUGUGCGGAAGGCGCAGGACUUCGUGUAUCACCUUCACUGCUUCGCCUGCAUCAUGUGCAGCCGACAGUUGGCCACAGGGGACGAGUUUUACCUCAUGGAGGACGGGAGGCUGGUGUGCAAAGUGGAUUAUGAGACAGCAAAACAAAAUGAUGACUCAGAGGCAGGAACCAAGCGACCGAGGACCACCAUCACUGCCAAACAGUUGGAGACCCUGAAAAGUGCCUACAAGAACUCACCCAAGCCAGCACGUCACGUCAGAGAGCAGCUUUCAUCAGAGACUGGACUAGACAUGAGAGUAGUGCAGGUUUGGUUCCAGAACAGACGGGCGAAGGAAAAGCGGCUGAAGAAAGACGCAGGUCGCCAUCGCUGGACUCAGUUUUACAAAAGUGUGAAACGCAGCCGAGGUGGAGCUAAAGUGGAGAAGGAGAGCUCAGCUGACGACGCCGGACUGAGUGACAGUGAACUGAGCUUCAGAGACGACCAGGUCCUGUCAGAUCUUGGCCACACCAACGGUCUUUAUGGGAGUGUUGGUGACGUAACCAACAGCACGGUGCUCAACGGCGGCUUCUCCGUGGACGCCACGGGCCAGCCGUACCACGACAUCCGAGCGGGAAGCCCGUACGGCCUUCCCCAGUCGCCCUCCUCCAUCACGUCCUUGUCCGGCCACACUCCUCUCCUCAACAACCUGGGAUUCAACAUGGACAGUCUGGUGGUGCAGGGUGGAGCGGGCGGAGUGGGUCAGGCUCUCAGGGCUAUGGCAGGAGGCCCAACCUCAGACUUGUCCACAGGCAGCAGUACAGGAUACCCCGACUUCCCCACCAGCCCUGCUUCCUGGUUGGAUGAGAUGGACCAUUCCCAGUUCUGAGUCUCAAACAGUGUUAGCUGAUCCCAGGAUGAAACUGGCUCAUUAGACACAUGUCUGUCCUUCACCCACAAAGACUGGUGUGUGCGGUGAUGCUGGGUGAAGAGCAGAGGGAAGAGAUGGAGUUCGAUUCCACGUCUCUCCAGUGAAGGAACAGCCCUGGUCUGGACGAGUGGUCCAGAGAGGAGCAGUUUUGAACUGUGUAUCAUACAACAUUUGUUAACAACUGACUUUAUUUUGUUCUUUCACUCUCCUUAAAUGAGAAUGGAUUUCCAAUAUGUUGUGGGAUUACACUCACAGGGGGAGGAGAUAUCAUCUCCCAAAAUAACUUCCCUCCUCUAACAGCUACAAUGUUAGGGCUCAAUCUAUAGAUCCACAGACGAAGUCCCUGUGAGACCCAGGAGGCACCUGCAUGCUUCUGAUUCAUGAGUAGAAAUGUUGUCGGACUGCUUCCGGGCCACAUCAGAGCCUCGACAUUGGCAAUGCACUUUAUUCUCCUCUU